AUGGUGCGUCAACUCCACGACGGCAUGAUGGGACGCGUCGCGGACAACGGAGCUGUCUCAAAGGCAUUUGUAGUGACCAACGGAGUGAAGCAGGGAUGCGUCCUGUUGCCCAACCUCUUCAGUCUCAUUUUCUCUACCAUAGUGAUGGACGCCUACCAUGAUGAACGCCUCGGGAUCCGCAUCGACUACAGGACGGGCGGCCACCUCCUCAAUCAACGGCGAAUGCACUUCCAAUAG